AGCGAAAGUGAUCUUACCGUUAUAUUUAUAUAAAUACUUUCAAAAAAGGUAAUAAAUAAACUAAACGUGCAAUCAUAAAAAUCAAAUCACUGUGUUGGUAGUUACAGGCUAUGGAUUAUGAUACAUUUUAUGAAGAGCUAAAAUUUAACUAAACAUGUUUAUCUAAGUAAAUACCAAUCAUCGAGAUACAAGUAUUCUAACCAUAGGAAUGAACGUAUAUUAGAGAACAGCAUUGACAAUACCGGUUUGUCCUAAGGAAUAUUAAAAAGGUCAGCCAGGAUAACAGAGUACCCGGGGAGUAUUCAUAACAAGUGCAGGCUUCAUUUAAAGACAACCAAUGGAGGGUAAAGAAUAUCUAAAAUGGGAUAUUAACUAUCAAAAUGUGAACGGUGAUACAGCAUUUCAUGUUGCCAUCUCAAAAGAUGCUGACAUAAACAUACUAAAAGCUUUACUAGAAAAAGAUGCCAAUGUAAAUGUAACUAACAAUAAUAGAAAGACGCCGUUCGAGUGUAUUAAUCACGGAUCAUGGCAAACUGCAAUAAAUUUGUUGAAACUGGAGAAGGACUUCGAUCUUCGAGACGACAUUGGUGAUACCUUUCUUCAUGUUUUGAUGGACAGAGUUGGAGAUAGUGUUUGGGGUAUACGAAGAACUAUAGAUGAUAAAUGUGAAUGUGGAAAUUCAGAACAAGAACAAAUGAUUGAAAAGUUUUGGGAUUACAUUCUAGAAAAUGUUGACGAGUUUGCAAUAAAUUUGAACGCACAAAACAGGUAUGGUUGUACACCGCUUCACAUAGCCGCUGAUUACUGGCCGUCCAUGAAGAGUCUUGAAAUGAUGUUGUCACAUUUCGCACAUGUGGAUCCAUUUAUAUGCGAUGAGGAUGGUGAAAACUUUCUCCAUAGAUACUUUUUAAGACACAGAAGAAUGUAUGCACCACAUUUUCAAGACAAAAUGCUCAAAGGAGAGCUUAAGUACCUACCAAAAGAAACACUUGUAAAACUCCUUAAUAGUCAGAACAUAAACAAGAAUACACCAUUACAUAUUCUUAUAAAACUCAGUGAAGAAAAAUCUGAACGUGACUAUAAGGAUAUACUUGAAGCUGGUGCAGAUCCUAAUAUAAGUGACUGCAAAGGUGAUACUGCUCUUCAUUGUAUUUUCAAAAAAUACAUGAACCAGUUAGAAGAGGAUACUGAAGAAACAGACGGACAAGCUAAAGUUUUGGAUGACUUAACGGGUAAAGUUAUUCCGUAUUUAGUCAAACAUGGAGCAGAUGUGAAUGCUGCCAACCAAAGAGGGGAAUCUCCUCUCUUCCUAGCAAAACAUAAAGAGCAUAUAAAUACCUUAGUCAGUCUAGGCGCUGAUAUUAACCAGCGGAAUGAACUUUUGCAAACACCGUUACUUUAUUUUGUUGGUGAAAAGAAUGUUGAGCUUGAUACAUUAGAGGAUCUUCUUAGAAAAGGUGCUAAUGUGUCUGCUACAGACAUUCAUGGAAGUACUGUAUUACAUUAUAUUGCCUGGCAUGGUUUCCAUCGAGAUUUUCUUCCUACUUUAAAUAAAUACAAAGUGAAAGAUAAACGAGAUAUGCUAGGGCAACUGCCAUGUGAUGUUGCCUAUAUGCAAGGGUAUGAAGAAAUAUUUGAUGAUCUUUGUGAAUGUAGUGAUGAUUCUCAUAUCAAUCGGGAACAUUUUAAUCUGACUAAAGAUGUUAUUAAGCUAUCAACAUUAGUACAAGCUCCUGAGGAAUUCCAAGAAAAGUUUGAUCGUAUCAGAAAUUUCAGAGGCGAUAAAAUGUCGAAAGUUUUAAGUCUUCCUGCUAUUGGAGCUGUAAAUUUCGAAGGCGAAAUUGAUGAUAUUAAGAAUGUUACAAAAGAUAUUGUAGAAAGCAUUUGUACAAAAUUAACAGAAAAAAAUGAAUUCUGGAAAUGUAGGAUUAUGCAGUCAGGGAGUGUAGGAGAAAACACAAAAGUGAAAUCUCCAAAUGAAUUUGAUUUUGUUAUCAUUGUAGAAAAACUUGAAGAAAUAUGUUUUGUAGAUGAGCAGCAAUCUCACCAAGAUCAAGGAUAUGCAUAUCUCAAAUUGAAACAGGAGUAUGCCACUGAGGAGUACAAAAGGUUCUUUAACGAUGAUAAUUAUCUUGACACUAGUGAAGUUCGACGUGAACUAGACGAAAUCCUAGAAGAACUUUACACAACUGAAAGUCCAUUUAAGCAUCCAAACAUUUCCUUUGUUGUGGGUGAUAACAAAGCCAUAAUCAGUCCAACCUUUAAUUUUUCCCUUUUACUGGAAAAAGGGUGCUUAUACAAAAUCUUCUGGUUGAAUCGAUCUAGUUCCGCUUGUCAGAUAAAAAAACUGGUGGCCAGAUAA